AUGAGUUCUUAUAAUAUCCCUAAUUAUAUAAUUUAAGACCUUUUAUGUAGAUUUAUUAUUAAUGUUCCCGAAUGCGAAAGAUAACUUUAAAGAAUAGCCUUUAAAUUGCAAGAUGCUUUCUGGCAUUAUAUAGAUUUUUAUGCUAAGAAAAAGGAGAUUUUAUAAAUUAAUAAUAAUAGAAUAUUGACUCAUGAUGACUUUGAUGAGUUUAUAGAUAUUAUAAAAGUUGCUACUCCUUUUUUAAGACAUAUUCCAGAUACUGGAAAAGAUAUCAAAAAAGAGUUUUAUGAAUAUAAAAAGAAAAUUCCAAGAUAUGGUUGUAUCAUCAUUAAUUAAGAUAGGACUAAGCUAUUACUUAUUAAGAAUGCUUUCUCUAAAAAGUAUAGCUUUCCUAAAGGUUAGAUAAAUUAUAAUGAAACUCCAUUAGAUUGUGCUAUUAGAGAGACAGUUGAAGAAAUAGGAUUUAACGUAGCUAAAUACAUUAUACCAGAUGUAUGCUUACUGCAUGAGUAAAGAUAAAAUACUCAUUGCUACUACAUAGCAGAUAAAGUAAACGAAAAUGAAAUUUUUAAAGCAAUCGCUAGAAACGAAAUAGAGGAUAUCAAAUGGGUGGAGGUAAGUGCAAUUAGAUCAAAGAAAAAUAUUAAGGAAUUCUCAAACAUAGUUGAGCUGAUAGAUUCCAUACAAGUGGUAAUCAACCGUAAAGAGGAAGAUGAGCUAAAAAAGCAGUAAAAGAAAAAUUAAAUAGACUUCGAGUAAAAACUUAAAUAGAUAUCAAACUAAUUCAUCGAAUUUUGCUAAGAUGAGUAUAUGAUGCUGACUGAAGAGCAUAUUUUCCAGAACGUCUCUAACUCAAGCGAUUCUAAUCCAUUCUUGAAUUUUAAAUUUGAUUAAUCAAGAUUUACUCAUAAUUAAUGA